AUGUUCUCUAAAAUUCUCGACAACGUUGCUAGAGUGAUGUCCGCUUGGCUAGCGGUCGGUAUAGCGUUAUAUCGAUUGAUUAUUAUUCGGAAUGCUCUUCACUCGAAAUUCGAUUCGUUAUCCACCCUAAGUGCUGGAUUAAAAACUUUACUUGCAGUUUUCUCACCGCUUUUCUUAUUAGAGUUUUUCUAUCGGAUUCAAUUCAAAUUGACACCAAAUAAUUGGGAAUUUGAAGAAGUAUGUGGUUACCCUGCAAACUACACUGUCGUUUACUAUGAAUUUGAAAAGGACGAAGAUUUCAAAUUGAAAUUGUUGGACAAGUCGACCUAUGAUUUUGUGAACGCACUUCUGCGGGUGGCCCCCACAUUUGUGUUGCCAAUUGUUACAUUUGGGCUGAUUCGAGAGAUGAGAAAAGGGAAAGCUGCCAUGAGAAAGCGGAUGAACAGUGGCGCACAAGAAUCGAAACUCGACAACACGACUAAAGUUAUCAUUUUCAUGACUAUCGCAUCCAUUAUAGCUGAAUCACCAUACGGCACCACUUAUUUCCUUGUUCUAUGGCUGGCGAGUAACAGGGAAUACGUAUCUUUAUUAAUGUUGAUACUCAACUGCAAACCGAUUUUUGACAUUUUCGUUUCCCUGAACACAAUGUCUCACUGUUUUAUAAGUUUGGCUAUCUCGACGCAAUAUAAGAAUGCUGUUGUCGCCACGUUCCUCCCGAUUACCAGUAAAUUUAAGAAACCUGAAAAUACAAUCAGAGUGACACAGAGUCGUUCUUUAGGGGACAGUGUCAGCAAUAAUAUGAGUCAGAGACGAUUGGCAUCAAGCGUCGCUUCCUGA